GCGCUGGAAAACAUCAACGAGAAUCCGCAGCCGCCACGCCGCGCGACGACGGGCUCGUCUACCUGAGACAGGGGUACAUGUCGCCGGCUGCUAGUGUCUUGGUCCUCGAUCCUUGAUCGUGCUCCUGAGCCCGCUGGCCGACUGGAGUGUAGGUUGGGUAGGGCGGACUGAGCAGGCGGACAUGGCAACAAUAAGCUCACUAUCCGCUGGACCCCUUCUCCUGGGCAGCGCCUCUGGGACGCUUUUUUCCCCUUUGUCGAUCAUCCCCGCACGUUAUGCACCGGGCAAAACCUUGGCCGUCGAAACAAAGAGGGAGGGGGUAACAAAAGAAGACGACAACACCGUGCCCACUAAAGCGCUGUUCAAGGUGGCGCCGGUGACCGUGUGUGGUCUCUCUCGGCGCAUGGCACCCAUGGUUCCGGAAUGGGCUCAGAAGCCCCGUGUCCCCGCCGCUGUCGCUCGCAUGUCUUGCCCUUUGGCUGGGCUCUCGUGACAGCCCACACAGGUCGUGGGCGGCCCGCAAGCCGUGGCCCUUGCCUGUUUGUCCAAGGUCGAUGGGGAUUUGCCCCGACAGCCGGGCUCGUCGGGAAGCUCACCCUCUUAGCGCGACCCGAGCUUGGCAGAUGAAGGCAGGCGUCAUGCUCGAGCCUGGAGGAGGCUGCCGGCCUCGUCCGCCGCGGUGGACAUGUAUAAAACCCUGGCGCGCCCCUAGUUCAGCCCUGACUGACUUGAGAUGCACCUCCCACCCACGCCUCCACUCGUCAGUAAGCCCCGACCUUCCCUGGCCAGCUCAUUCCCUCAAGAUGCUUCGCAAGAUCGCAACCCUCGCCGCCCUCGUGACCGCCGUCCGGGGCCAGGCGGUAUGCUCACUCACGGCUGAGACCCACCCCAACCUCCAGUGGUCAAAGUGCACGUCGGGCGGCUGCAGCAACGUGGCCGGGUCCGUCACCAUCGACGCGAACUGGCGGUGGACGCACGCCGUCUCGGGAUCGACGAACUGCUACACGGGCAACAAGUGGGACAGCUCCAUCUGCUCCACCAACGCCGACUGCGCGGCCAAGUGCUGUGUCGAUGGCGCCAGCUACGCAUCCACGUACGGUGCCGUCACGAGCGGCAAUGCCCUGUCGCUCAAGUUCGUCACCCAGGGCGGCAGCGGCAAGAACGUCGGGUCCCGCCUCUACCUCAUGGAGUCGGAGAGCAAGUACCAGAUGUUCAACUUGCUCGGCAACGAGUUCACUUUCGAUGUCGAUGCUGCCCAGCUCGGCUGCGGUCUGAACGGCGCCGUCUACUUUGUGUCCAUGGAUGCCGACGGUGGUGCCUCCAAGUACCCGGGCAACAAGGCCGGAGCCAAGUACGGAACGGGUUACUGCGACUCGCAGUGCCCGCGUGAUCUCAAGUACAUCAACGGAGCUGCCAACAUCGAGGGCUGGAAGCCGUCCGACGGCGACGCCAACUCGGGCGUCGGCACCGUCGGCUCGUGCUGCGCCGAGAUGGACAUCUGGGAGGCCAACAGCAUGUCGACGGCCUACACCCCUCACCCGUGCGCGAACAACGCGCAGCACUCGUGCUCGGGCGACGCCUGCGGCGGCACCUACUCGCAGACGCGCUACGCCGGCGACUGCGACCCGGACGGCUGCGACUUCAACAGCUACCGCCAGGGCAACACGUCCUUUUACGGCCGCGGCGCCUCCAACACGGUCGACUCGACCAAGAAGGUGACGGUCGUGACGCAGUUCAUCAAGAACUCGGCCGGCCAGCUGAGCGAGAUCAAGCGCUUCUACGUCCAGGGCGGCAAGGUCAUCCCCAACUCGCAGUCCACCGUCGCGGGCCUGCCCGGCAACUCCAUCACCCAGGACUGGUGCGACAAGCAAAAGGUGGCGUUCGGCGACCCCAACGUCCACAAGGAGAAGGGCGGGCUCGUGCAGAUGGGCAAGGCGCUCGAGAAGGGCAUGGUGCUCGUGCUCUCGCUCUGGGCCGACCACAACUCAAACAUGCUGUGGCUCGACUCGACCUACCCCGUCGACCGCACCGGCCCGGGGGCCGCCCGCGGCUCGUGCUCGACCACGAGCGGCAAGCCCGCCGACCUGGAGCGCGACGUGCCCGGCUCGACCGUCAUCUACUCCAACAUCAAGUUCGGCCCCAUCGGCUCCACCUUCUCGAGCGGCGGCGCGCAGCCCGAGCCCAGCGGCACCGCCACCACCAACCCGCCCCAGCCCACCAACACGGGCACCAACCCCGGCACCGUCCCCCGCUACGGCCAGUGCGGCGGCAACGACUGGAACGGCCCCACCGUCUGCGUCAGCCCUUACACGUGCACCAAGGCCAACAACUGGUACUCGCAGUGCCUGUAAAAAAAAAAAAACUUGUCUGGCCUGUCUGACAAGCGAACUGAGCCCCCUCCCCUGCUGCUAACCGGUGUGGGCUACGCGUUUUCUUUUCUUUUGCAUAAGAGGCCAAAAUGGAAUACAUGGGAAUGUCAAGUAGCUUUCUUUUCGAUCUGUACAUAUUUCUUUCGACCGUGUCUGGAUUACGCGCCGCCCUGGUGUUGGCGUGGGUGGAAGGCUGUUUUACUCCCCGUGGGCACCGCGCCGACUUGCCUUUUUUUGCAGAUAGUUGAAUCUUUCAUAUUGAACAUCACCUCAUGUCUUGCAUGCACAUUACCGUCUUUAAAUAUUAUUAGGAGAGUUGACCAUCACGCAGCCUCGCCUCUUGUCCACGCUGCAUGUCCAAC